AUGACACAAAGUGGAAUCGGAGCAACAAGUGAGACUGAUGUUGCGGCACUUAGUUCAGGGCAAUCAUUGGACUUUGAUGACGACACAUUGAAAGGUAAAGACAUUCACUACUGUUAUUAGUUGAUCACCAAAAUCAUGUACGACUCCCUUUUUGGCGUGUUAAACAGAAAAUUUAGUCUCAUAUCACUGUUACUACGUAGUGACCAUCUUCACUGACAAAACCUAGUAAGAAAUAAUCUUGCUUUCUAGAAACAAGUGUCAAACAAAACUUUGCAAACCUUUGUAUUGACAGCGCUACCCAAAUGAAACCCUGACGGGAGGGGUUGGUAACUAGAUGGGAGAUCAGCAGCCAUAUUCUGUCCUGAACACUUUCAUUCUCUUCCUUUUUCUUUUUCUUUUUUAUUUCAUUUCAUUAAACAUCCUAUUUCUAUGACUAAUGUCAUGGUUUACGCCAUUCAUAAGGUAACUAUUAACACCCAAAGAAAUAGCGCUCAGGUUUAACGACAUUUCAAUCUGCUUCGUUGUCAGCUAAAGCAGAAGUUUACAAGACUAAAGGUAAUGAAGCGUACUUGAAGGAAGAUUACAGCAACGCCAUUUACUUUUAUACUGAGGGAAUAAAAGUAAACUGCAAGGACCAGGACCUGAAGGCUAAGCUGUACAGCAACAGAGCAUAUGCAAACCUUCGUUUUGGUGAGACUAUAACCAAAAUAACUGAGUCUAAAGAAACUAAAUCCAUCCACAGACUUGAUGUGUCUGGCUCAACAGGUCCGGGGGGGAGCUGCCCUCCCCCUUUCCCCCUCGCUAGCUACGGCUCUGGAUUAUAUACUUAAUAAUGAACAAUUGCGGUUUUAACUUUCAGAAUCUAAUUAUAAAAAAGGUUCAGACAAACGGGUCAAACAAUAACGUUCUUGCGGGCGUUGCCUUCCAUCAUGUUGCCACGCGCCUUUAUUCUCCCGCCGUUCCCCUCCCUCGUCGCAUGCCUGCCAUGCAUGCAUUAGCUGACACAGUUAAGUGAACUACUCGCGAAAGACGUUUUCUUUUUGCAGUGUAAAUGAUUUUUCAUCUUGAAUUUUUUUAAAAUGUAAUAUCGCACUAAUAAAAAGCAUUACGCAUUAUUUUAUUAAUUCACUCAGGAACCUAUGACCCGUAUGGGCUCCUGAUUCACUACAUUCUGUUUUGGACUUGCUUUAACAAGGUCAUCUUGUACUUGCCACCUUUUGUUUAUCGUACGUGCUUUGAAUUCUCAUUGGCUCGCUGCGUUUGCUGUGUGUGACAUUUUGGCUUUUGUUUUUCAACAUUCCUAGGAAAUUACGUUAAUUCACUGGAGGACGCAAAAGAAGCCAUGGACAUGCGACCACUGUCAGUAAUACCAAUAAUAGCAGGUAAUUCCAAAGGUUUAGUACUUUGUCCUUAAGAAACAAACAGAGUUUAUGACGUGCUGAAAGCGUUUGAAUUUAACCACAUUCUAACUCAAAACCGUAACCGGCGUUCUUUGAUCAUUUACCUUAAUUUUUUCAAACUUUUGGAAACUAUGCAAGAAUGAAAUUCAAGCUUAGAAUUAGGAUCAAUAACUGAAUUCACAAAUUCACAUCAUUUCUAUCACAGGCCUCUCGCGAGACUACGAAAACAGAACUGACUUGAUCAACUGGAAAUCACCAAUCACCCUUCACUGUCCUUUUGCGAUGUUGGCUGAUUAUGACAGUGGCGGUCAUGAUCAAGUUUUCUAUGUUUAACAUUUCAGUUAUAAUUUCUGUUGAUCCCGCUAAGCACUGUUUCGAUAGAAUGGAAGAAAGGGAGCAGGCUUGUGUCGCUGAAUAUUCUAGGUUUACUGAUUUACACUAUUUUCACUAAUUCAGGAGCGAAAGCUUUAACGAGAUUGAAUCUGUUUAAGCUGGCGAUCACGUGGUGUGAUAGAGGAUUAGCAGUAUCCUUUUGUUCAUUGCAUUCCUGCAUCAUGAUCAAAAGAUAG